CGCAAAAGCCUACUUACACAAUUGAUACUUACACUUUACAUUCAUCCCAAUUCGAUUUUUCUCGUGAUAACGUUCUACUUUCUCGUAAUACUCCUUCACAGACUAAUCUUUUCUUUGACAAAUCGGGUAAUGAAUCGAUUACUAUUAAUUCUUCGAGUUCAGCUCCAGUCAUAUGUGACGCGACAUCCAACCGUUGUACUUUUAAUACAAACCGUGCUUCGGUUAGUGAAGGAAAUGGCUUACAUGCUACAAGUGCUUGUAAAUUUGCUAAGCAUAUUGGCUCAAGAAAACGCUGUUUAGUAAGUGAUCAAAAUCAACAACAAUUUGUUCAAGCACGACCUUCCACAAAUAUUAUUAAGCCAUCAGGAUCAAUUAAUGGAUUGACCGAUUUUACAACACCAUUUGUAAAUAUUAAACAAGAUAAAUGCGUGAAUUACGUAGUUGAAAAUGGCAUACCAUCAUUAUCGUCUGGAGCCCAAGAUUCAAAACAAUUGAAUUCACGAAAUUCUUAUGAAUACUUUUCCACCAUAGAAAAUAUACCUCGUAAAAAACAAAAAUUGCCUAAUGAUCAAUAUCCACCACUGUCGUCAGUAGAUAAUCUUUCUGAUAAACAAUUGGAACAGAAUCUGGUAACGAUGGUUAAGCAAUAUAUAUUAAAUUCUAAAAGAUCUUAUUCUGAUAAUCAUCCUUUCGAAGAUAUAUUAUCUGUUGACAGAAACAGAGAUGAUCAACAAAAUCGAACUAAGAAAGAAAGGUUUGUUUAUUAUUCAGAUGAUGAUAGUAGUUCUGACGAAGAGUAUGAUUCUGUUUUCAAUAAUGUUGAGAAAGAUCUAUUAACUGAUGACAGUAUUACUAUUAAUGGUGACGAUGACGAAACAACAGUCAUCGCUAAUGAAGAGGCCAUCAUUGAUAGUAAAGAAAAU